UAAGAUCACUACAUCACAUGGUUGAGUAGGAUAAUAUUCUUUAUACAUAACUAUAUACCCACCAUUGUUGAUUUUCUUUUAACUUUCACGUGCAUGACCCUACCAUUAAUUGUACGUAUAUAUCAUGAAUGAAUCUUUUCCACUAUAUAUAUAAGAGCUACCUCUCAACAUUUGAUGAUAUAGCCAAACACAAUUAAAUCAUAAUAAUCUCUAGCUUUCCCCCCUUUGUGUUAUAUAGAAAUUAUAAUACAUAAUCAUGAGGAAGAAUACACAUUAUUCUUGUGCAUUGAUCUUUUUAAUAAGCUUUGUUGUUAUUUUGAGUACUCCUUAUUGUGUUUUUGGUCAACUAAAACCUAAUUUCUACAAAAAGAGUUGCCCUAAUGCCGAGCAAAUUGUAAAACAAGUUGUCAAAGAAGCAUUUGCAAAAGAUCCUACCAUUACCGCUGGCUUACUUCGUAUGCAUUUUCACGAUUGCUUUGUUAGAGGUUGCGAUGCAUCCAUACUAAUCAAUUCUACAUCGAACAAGCCCUCAGAAAAAACAGCAGGACCAAAUCUAACUGUACGAGGGUAUGAGCUCAUCGAUGAGGCCAAAAGAAGGCUCGAAGCUGCAUGCCCUUCGAAAGUCUCAUGUGCAGACAUCAUAACCCUAGCAACUCGAGACUCUGUCAUUCUUGCAGGUGGACCAGACUACGCAGUUCCAACUGGCAGAAGGGAUGGACUUAUCUCGAACCCUGAUGAAGUCAACUUGCCUGGACCAGACCAAUCAAUCACUUCUGCUUUUGCUGCUUUCAAAGAUAACGGGAUGACCCUAAAUGAAAUGGUAGCUCUUCUCGGUGCACACACAGUUGGAUUUGCUCAUUGCAAUUUCUUUUCAAACCGACUUACAGAUUUUCAAGGUACAGGCAAACCUGACCCCACCAUGGAUCCUAACUUGGUUACCAAGUUAAAAGCUUUAUGUGCAGUUGGGAGUGAUCCAAAGGUGUUUUUAGAUCAAAACACUAGUAAUAUUUUCGAUAAUGAGUUCUAUCGUCAAAUACGUUUGAAGAGAGGAGUUCUGAAGAUUGAUCAGGAGCUAGCUACAGAUCCUGCCUCCUCUAGUUAUGUUGCCACUUUGGCUUCGAAUCCACGUAUGUUCUCUCGAGAUUUCGGCAAUGCUAUGACUAAGAUGGGGAGAAUCGCUACUGUUGGAAGUGCUGGUGAGAUUAGAAAGAAUUGCGCAGUUUUUAACCCGCGUCCUAAGAGUUUAAUCAGUAGUGUUUUAGACAUUGCUGAGAAAAUUAUAGAGUAAUUAAUUACUACAUAUAACUAUUACAACAUCAUCGAUCUAUGUGUCUACUUCAAAAAAGAAUCUCCUCAAGUAAACCCUCAAAAAUAAGAGAUUCCUCUCCAAAAGCUUGAAACUUGUUUAAUUAGCAUUUUGUUAAUGUUAAUUAUAAAUUUAUCCAUAAUUAAUGAAGUAGAUAAAGGUGUUAUUGGAA